AGAAGAACUAUGUCGACAGUUCUCGAGUUAAUCAAAUCGUACCGAUAUCAAAUGUGAAACUAAUCGAUUCUGGUGAUUUGAAAAUAUAUGGGUGUCCUGUUGAACAGAACUUGGUCAUUGUGGCAAAACAAAGCAGAAUUAAGUUUCGGAAAGAAGAUGUUAUAUCAAGCACACAAGCUGAAGGGAUAUUUCACAAAAUCCAAGACAUUGCGAGUACAGGUAAUGGUUCAGUUAAUCACAGAAAUAUCUAUCGACAAGGUAUUACGCCCGACAACGUAUCACGUACGGUUGGUAUAAUAGCGGUAUAAUUGUUUCUUUCAUUUUGUUUGCGUGCAAACAAACACUUUCCGCAAUAAAAAAUAAUAGGGUUACUGAAUCUACUUCCUUCUAUAGAUUUGGUUGUCAUUAUAUUGAUGAUGGAAGCGCAGAAAUUUUAGUCGUAAAUUAUUUCCACAAAUUCAAUCUGUCCUGAAUUGUUAGAAACAGAUUCAAAGUAUAUUACUGAACAUAUCUGGGUACUAAUGCGCAGAUUUAUGUUCCGAUUCUUCUCCAUAUAUUAAAUUUAUUUAAGGAACUUCCUUUUCCUGUUUUUAAAGUGCUAAUUUUCUCAUUCCUUGCGAAUGACGUUUAUUCAGAAUAUGCCGAUUUUCUAUCGAAUCUGAUUUCGCCGAAAGGAGUUCGUGGAUACAAUGUACUACACAGAUUUGUCAUGAAAUUGAAUCCAGCCUUUUAUAGAUUUCUGUCCAACAUUUUUAAAGAUCACCUCGCGGUAAAUAUAAUUUUAGAAGUAUAAGAUAACUACAGGGUGUAUAAAAAAAGGAGACCUUUAGAAAUCAAGCAUAUUGUUAAAAUUUGAAUGCCUUUUCAAUUGCAAUAUGCUGAACCGUAGUGCGUGAAAUAUUGAUGGGGCGCAUAUAUUAGAAAAAGGAGACCUUUAGAAAUUGAAAUAACGUUUAAACAAAAGAUUGUCUGCUCCUGGGAACAAUCUGCCAUGCAUACUAGUGUACGUAGAUCGCAUGUUACGCACUCGUGGCUUAGCAAAGUGCUCCAGGAUUCAAAUUAUAACAGUGGUUGAUUUCUAAAGGUCUCCUUUUUCUAAUAUAUGUAUUUUUUUUUAAUAUACGCACCACGGUUCAGCAUAUGUGCAAUUGAAAAGGCAUUCAAAUUUUAACAAUAUGCUUGAUUUCUAAAGGUCUCCUUUUUUGAUACACCCUGUACAGGGUGUAUAAAAAAAAACGCAACCUCGGAAUUUCCCAAGAAAUCGGCAUGGUUUUAAAGACAAAAGAUUUUAGGCGCCUGGGAAUUUAAAAUGUCAAAAUUAUUGCACAGGCGAGUGCAUAAAGCAAAAUUUAUGCAUUUAUUUAAUGCACAACAACAGUAAUAAGAUCUAUUAGCAAUUCGAUUUCAAUUCCCAGGGGCUUAAAAUCUUUUAUGCUUAAGAAUUGCAAAGUGAUUUCUUAGGAAAUUCCGAGGUUGCGUUUUUUUUUCACCCUGUAGAACUGGAUCAAAAUUAGUUUAAUAUUCAAUUAUUCAUAACUUUCAAUUAUGAUUCCGCGCGUGAACUAGAAAAUACCGCAGGGCCGUAGGUUCAAUUCCUACCAGAGGACCUUGUGCUGCAUUUUUCGCAGUCGUUCCUGGUCAGGUCUUAAAAUGUAUGUAAUCACUUGGAUUACAAACCCCAACAUUCUAAUAAUAAUUCCACCAAGUGAAGUGCAAGAAAUCACAUCAUUCAAGUCCACCUUAUCACAACCCGCACACCCGAUUACUUAUAUAUACAUGAACUUACGGUUACAGCUCAACAGCUGGUCUCUGUAGCUCAGUUGGUUAGAGCGCUGCACCGGGAUCGCAGGGCCGUAGGUUCAAUUCCUACCAGAGGACCUUGUGCUGCAUUUUUCGCAGUCGUUCCUGGUUAGGUCUUAAAAUGUAUAUAAUCACUUGGAUUACAAACCCUAACAUUCUAAUAAUAAUUCCACCAAGUGAAGUGCAAGAAAUCACAUCAUUCAAGAAACCCUCGCCUUGCUGACAAAAUCAUUAGAGCCUUAUUAGGCUGCUAUGUAAAAUCCUAUUAAUCUAUCUAUCUAUAUCUAUCUACCUAUCUAUAUCUAUCUAUUUUCCGAACAUGAAGUCGUUAAAGUUGUAAAUAUUUUUAAAAUCGAAAAAUCCCCUAAAAAUAUCACUUUUAUAGUUACAAAGUUAUCAAUUUCCCAACCAUAUAUAUGUUAGGUAUGUUAUUAUUAACUUCUUAUUAACCGAGCGCGAGGGCUUUACAGAGAAAUAUCGGACCGAGAUCUUUUUUGUACAGACCGAGCCCGUAGAUCGCGCUCGGUCGGUACAAAAAAAUGAAAAAACCAAGGUCCGAUAUUUCUCUGUAAAGACCGAGCAAGGGAGGUUAAUAAAAAGUUUAUUAUAUGGCAUUUAUACUUCAGUGAAACAAACAUGAAAUGCAUGAUUUGAAAUACACAUUUGGUCGAAGAAAACAAAAAUUACCAAUGUAUUCCUUCUUUUCCACUAAAAACCAUUCGCAGAUAUCUUAUUAAUAACAAAUUAAAUUAUAAUUUUCAAAUUUUCAAUUAGCUUUUCUGUUUUGUUUCAAAACGCGUGCGUUUGUUUUUACGUAAUGGACCGCCGAUACGGGAAGAUAAUGGACCGCUGAAAGUGUUUCUCAGCCAAUCACAGUCCGCCAUUUCACCGGAAGUGAUGCUUGCCAUAUAAUAAACGUUAUUAUUAUAUGCAUAAUAUAAACUUCAAUUUAAUGUGAAAUUCAACCACAAACGCUUCGCAAAACGUUUUAAAAUGUUCUUAAAACUAAACUGCCUUUUAUCGAUAAACUUUGAGUAUGAAAUAAAAUUAUUUCAAAUUCUCGCAUGCGAAUAACUUUGGUUUCCUCUCUAUUUAAAAAAUUUAUAUAAUAAAAAAAUGUAAUCAAUAAAUAUACACUGAAAUUAUUUUAUAUACUGUCGUUCCUCAUUAUCCGCAUGGACAAUCAGUUUUUAAUGCUUUCCUCUUCCCGGGUGUAAAUAGCCGUGCGGAAUUACUGUACCCUCGUCCCGGGCUUACGCUCGGAACGGCGCUCCACGCUAUGGCUCGGGGAUAAAAUGUCGUAUCUAACCCGACAUUCAUGAGGCUGAAUACACCAGAUCCGAAAACCUAAGUAUAACAAAAUUGUAAGAGAACAGAGUUUUUAGCUUCUUGCUAUAAAACAACUUUCGUACAACUGGGGGCUGUUGUACGAAAACGGAUAGUGCUAUCCAUCGGAUAGUGAUUUCCAGUGGAUACGCGCUAUCCGGCCUUCAUACCACCGGUCGCUGGUAUACUGUUUUCUAAUUUUACGCGUACCACUUACCAAACAAUCCUUUUAAUGAAAUUUUACUUGGUUUUUUAAUUAUAUACUGAAUAAUUAUUAUAGAUCAGCAUAUACUUAUGAGUGCAACCCAGGCAAAGUUGGAAGAUGUAGUUUCCUACAGCGAUUUCAGUCAAGAGGUUCCACUUCGGAAAGUGUUAGUUCAAGACUUGCUUGAAAACCGUCCUGAUGAUAGUUUGGUGCAAGAUAUUCUCUCUGGAGAUGCAACAGUUAACGAAACUGAAGUGCAUGUUGUUUCAGGUGGUAAGUUUAACACUUUUAUAUAUAGUUCGCAUUUAUUAUUAUACUUAAAUAUUACGUAUUCCCGAAAUGUCGAAUAUCUUAUUGCCAAUUUGGUCAUUUAUAAGGAAACAAAAUAAUUUUGUUAAUAAUUUUCAAUUCACCAGUUUCGUUCGCAAAAUGUUUGAAAAAAUUCUGUCAUCUGUUUGUGAACUAAUAGUGUCUGUAUUCAAUUUCACAAUUGCAUGUGCAUGCAUGGAGUUGAACCGAUUCUAAUUUAUGAGCAAAAUAUUCAUAUACUAUGGCCAAAGAAGCCUGUUCCUGCGCAUGCAUGUGGUUUAGCAGUGCGAGAUAGAUAGGAAUUACCAUGUAUCAACUCUGCUUCAUCUGUUUAACAAACAUGCUUACUCUCUUUUGUUCCCGUUGUAAUAAAUUGACGCGAGUAGCUAAUAAAGGCCGGUCCUAGGACAAUCCGCAAUUGAGAACAUAAAUACCAAUUUUUGGCAGAACAAUUCCGGGCAAGUUUGGGCAUGCCCGGAAUGGGAUUCCUGGAAAACAGAAUUCCCAGAAUGAAAACCAUGACGUCACUUCCGGUUCCCAAUUCACCGCGCCACACUGGGGGACCCUCUGCCUACCGGUCACCCCCCCCCCCCACCGCUCGCGGAGCUGUGGUCAAUCCCACUCGCGUAGCCGCAGCCGGCCCUGUCCGCAAACCCACCACAUCCUCCGCAAGCUCACCGCACCCACCGCAUCCCACACGCUUGUUGGAGUCUUGCUGAAGGGCUUGACAGAAUCAAUAUAAAGGUAAGUGGUUAUGUAAAGAAAACAGCCAUGUCAAUUUCAAUAACCAAGGUAGAGGGAUUCUCCGGAAAAUUUUUUGAUUUUGAGGAACCUGUUGGAAACAGAUUUGGGUCCGAGAGUAUUGGGCUUGUGGCGGGGGACGGCGGACCCCUCUUGCUCUUACUAAAGGACUGCUUAGCUUAUGGGAUCAAUAUGGACAAGAAGUUUGGGAAGGAGUACUUUACCAUCCCAUUGGCGGUUGGAAACCAUAAGGAUUUCAUAUCAGCCCUGGAAGUAUUGGAGAGAAGAUGUGCUGAAGAGACCGGAAUAUCCGGGGCAAACGUCAUAAGGUGUUUCUAUCGAGGUGGGAAGCAACCUGUCUUGUAUGCAAAGAUCGAUGAAACCACAGCGAUGUAUAAGGAUGGGGGAGGGGAUAUAGAUCCCAUGAAACCCACCAGCAAGCAUUUUUAUCUGGAUGCUUUGGUUAGGUUCCCAAGCAUAUAUGUGUCUGGGGAUAUGGUAUCCAUACAGGUACUACUUCAGGAGGGGGUAUACUUGAGGGAAAGGAAGGCGGAACCCUGGAAGAGGCUUUUGCAUCCACCUACGGAUAAAUAAAGGAGUACUUGGAUUCAUUUAAAUUUUAAUGUUCCUUCGGAUAUUAAAAUUGGUCUGUUAGGAUUCCUAUUACCUUAGGUUCUUAUGUCCUAUUGCCGUGGUGUGUAUUCCGUCUUCGUUGACUAUCCUUGUGUCAUUGCUUGCCGAUAGGGCUACUUUGACGACCCUUUCCGUGUAUAUUUCAUGCAGUCUGCUUCUAAAGAUAUUCAUUCCUCUCCAUUGUUUCUUGCCAAGCUUUGAGUUUGGCACUGCAGUCGCAGCGCCAAUUUGUUACAAAUUCUGCAUGCAAGCUUUGAGUUUGGCACUGCAGUCGCAGCGCCAAAUUGUUACAAAUUCUGCAUGCAAGCUUUGAGUUUGGCACUGCAGUCGCAGCGACAAGAUCAACGCAUAUAAAACAAGCAUUUUUUGUAGAAUUUAGUAACACGAAAUUUUUUCUGGAAAAAAACUGGUUAAAUAUAUCUAAAUAGCAUUAUGAAAUGCUUUUUUUAAAUUUGUGGACAAUAUUUGAAACAAAGGUAAAAUUUCGCAGGAUUUUCUCUAAAUAGAAUAUUUCACUUAGCUUUAGAACGUGUUAAUAUCUUACUUGUCGUUGAAAGUUUGCGUGGCGAAGGACCCACUGAACUUCGUAAUCUUCUUAAAUUUGCACGUGAUUCACACCAUGUAAACAUGCACUCGAGUCGCUAGUACCGAUUUAAGAAUUCCAAAAGUUGGCGCGGAGUUUGCAAAGACAAAACUGUCCCACAGUGUAGUUUUGCUCUUCAACUGCUUGCCAACUGAGCUUAAUUUAAAGACCAUGUAAAGUCCAUUUUGCGCAUACGUUCUGCGCAGGCUUACAUUCCAAUGGUCGGGACCCGACCGUUGGAAUGUUAUUAAUAUUUCGUGUCGAUCUUUUGAACUUUCUUGAAUUGAAUCUCUAGUCUGUAUUCAUUUACAAGCAUAGCAAACCAGAAGAGUGUUAAAAAUUCAGUAUAAUAUAUAUCUAAUCACAUUUUACAACUGUAGCACUGAGUUCAAAAUGUAAACAAAGCGUUUGUUUACAUUACGGACUUUACAUGGUCUUUAAACUAUGUAAUAACUAUUCUUUUAAUAUAUAUUCAUUUUUAGUGUGAAGUUUCUUCGAAACUUCACAGUAUUGUGAUGACUGGGAGGAAAUUCAAACUUAUCAGUCAGUCAGUCAGUCAGUCAGUCAGUCAGUCAGUCAGUCAUACAGUAAACUUUCCGGGGGGUGUAUACGAUUUAUGUUCGUAGUGAUUUAUUGUGCUUUGUCAGUACUUUGAAGGUUAUUUAAGCAAUUUCAGUUAACUUAUUUACAUAUUCUGUUAUCCUUUUGCCAAGUUCACAAAAAUUUUGUAGAAUCGCUUUUGUUAUUGUAUUUUUUUGUAAAUUUUAGAACAUUCGCUUCUCAUGUUGUGUAAAGGAUCUUUACCCCGGAACACCCGAUUUUUUUUAGUAGCGCAAAUGCGCAUGCGCUAUCAAGCCGUAGAUCACGAUGGCGUGACGAUAUGCUAGGAAGGAGCGACAGUGUUGUUUUCAGAUGUAUAAACAUUUCAGACGUGCAUAUUGAGUAAAUUUUUGAAAAUCUACGCAAUAUAUAAAUUGAUCUUAUGCAUUACGGGCGUUCAAUUAAGUGUCGAUAAUAUUUAGACGGUAUAUUCAUUAUACAGAGCUAGGAAGGAGCUAGACCGCCUAGACAGUGCAGUCAACACUCAAGUGUAUAAACAUUUCAGACGUAUUAAAUAUCGAGUCGAAAAUCUUUGAGAUUCUAGGCAUUCAAUUGAGUGCUGAUAUUAUUUUCACGGUAUACUCAUUAUACGGAGGUACAGUACGUACGAAGAAGCGAGACAGUGUUGUUUUCAAGUAUAUAAAGAUUUCAGACAUGAAUAUUGAGAAAAUCUUUGAGAUUCUACGCAAUAAUAUAAUAUAUAAAUUGAUGUUAUAAUUACCGGCAUUCAAUUAAGUGCCAAUCGAUAUUAUUUAGACCGUGUAUUCAUUAUACAUUGUUAUUGACUGUAAAAGGUGCUACAUCACAGAACUCAGUACAAAGAGCGAAAAAUUGCAUCAGAUCAAUAAAGCGUAAACAACUAUUAAACAGAAGCGGGUGUUUGUACAGGCGUUUACGAAGAAAAUAUUGCGAGACGAAAGAAAUCAGUUCAGUCAGAGCUCCUUAUUUAAAUAAGAAAGACGAGGAGAUAGCCAAUGUGUUAUCGCCAACGUGUUAUCGCCAAUCGCUUGGCUCGCCAACAAGAUUUAUGCAAUGGAAGAAAAAAGCAAGGAGGUACAUGUAGCCAACAUGUACUGUCACGGACCUUGUUUACUGUCUAGCACAACGCCGUUGUCAACGGUGCAAACUCGUGUUCAGUGCAACGAUAACUCUACCAGAUUUUACGAGAAUCAAUCUGUAGUAUUCUGUAUACAGAACUGUAUCAAAGCUUGUCAAAACUGCUUUAAACACUGCAGCUAUAACUGUGAAACUAUUGAAAUCUAAAGUGACAUUAUUCAACACAUGCGAAAAGCUGAAAAUAGACACAACGUGACCUUCGAAAAGUCAAAGGUCAAUUAGACUUGUUAUUGUCAAACAUGUCACAAUUAGGUUAAAAUGCGGAAGCGGAUGGAGCGGAUCCACGGAACGGAUAUGCGGAUAAAAUAUGGAACGGAUGAAGAUAAAGUGCUUCCUUUCAAUGAUAUAACGACGUAGUGCUUAUUAUUCAUAACAUAUUGUAUACAGCUAUUUCAAUUAUAGUUUUAGAUAAGUUUAGCAUAGCAGUAGCCUCGUGGGGAUUCUUUUAGCGACAGCUGCAAAUACAAAUGCAAAUGAAAAUUUAGAAUAUGCAAAAUUUGGUUGUUGGUGAAACAAUUGAAUUUUAGCAUGCGUGUAGCAUCACAAUAAAUAGAUAAAUUGUGUCAGUUUCACAAGGCACGUUUCUGAUGUGUCGGGCUUGUUUCAAACGUCAUGCGCCGAGCGCAUGAGAUGAAAUGCCUUUGGUAAUUGUUUAUUUCGUAGUGUAAGCGAUCAGCUUUUCUAGGUUGCCGGCGAACCUAUAUAGUUCUUGCAGUGUCUUUUUCAAUUUGAAACUUCACACUAUCCUUGGAUCCCUAGUUUAGAUAUAUAAUGUUAUUCAUUUUUUCAAAUGUAAAAAUGCCUGCAUAUAUAAUAAAAAAUUACUGACAGUCUGACAGUUCAGGCUGUACAGCCGCUGUUCGGGCUGUAUACGGGAAAAUAUCAAACCUUACGGUCUUGCGUUAUUCAGCACGGCUUUGGUUUGAUAUUUUCCUAUACAGCACGCACUCUCGGUCAGUACAAGUUGUUAUUAAACUAAAUAAUAUAACUAUAUAGCGGUAACUCCUUAUAACUGGCAUUUUUGCGAUUUAAAAUUAAUGUAGCUAGUACAUGUUUAGAUAUUGCCUUUAAAGUAUAGUUAAAUUAUAUUUUGCUAUUUUAGGAUCAGAUAUUUACGUAUAUAAAUGUCUUGGACACACAUAUGUAAGUGAUGAAGGGGAAGAAGUCACUACGCUGUUUGUGGUCAUUCCUAUCACUUCAGUAAAUGGUAGCUUGAAGGUUGGAAAUGUUCUUGUUGGAAAUAGCAGCCACGGCUUUCUAGAGACAGUUAAUGAAAUAGUUCAAGAAGACGAAGCCAAGUUUGUUUAUACUGAACUGGCAGCUUGUUUCCGUAAUUUUUCAAAUGCAAAAAAGUAGGUAUAAUUUUAAUUGCCCUCAGCUCUACUGAAUUUUUAAAUACAUGUUCAGCACUUUUAAAGAUAUAAGAAUCAAGAGAGGCCAGUGGACGUCGCUAACCUUAAAUAUAUAGUGAUUUAAUUAAUUUCUUUGAAAUAAUUUUAUUUAUACUUGUAGAUACAAAACUUUAAAUGAGACAACAAGUUCAUGUUUGGGGGGAGAUAAUCUUCUUGGUUUGAAAAUCACAGAAAAAGAUGCUAACGUUACAACCGGAGAUACAAUUGUUGGAAGAGAAAGUGGUUCGUUUUUGGGAAAAGUGAGUAACAAGAUCCUUUUUAGAAGUCAGUUUGAUUAAAAGUUUACAAGAUAAAUUAACAUAACUGAUUAAUCCCAUCCAUGCAGAAGUGCGUACAGUGCGUAUACAGUGGCGUAACGGAGGAAAAGGGGGCCCUUAUAGGCAUAUUUGGUGUGGGGACCCCUGUUGACCAUAUUAUAUUUAUAUUGAAUAUUUAUAUAGAAUGUUCUGGAAAAUUCCAUGUCUAUAACAAUAACAGUUUCCAACACAUGCAUGUAACAACUAAUAAGGCCAAAAUAUCCCGGUUUAUCAUCAGCGCCCGCAUUCAUUUUUCGUGCCGAAUGGAUUUUUUAAUUUUUUAUUUUUUAAAAAACUCACUAUUCCCGGCAACCUCGUUCUUCCGGCGGACCGUGCGAGGAACCCACGCCAGAUUUUCAUCAAAGCUGAAUUUAAAACAUUUUAAAGGAGAUCCAAUCAAAUUUCAAGCAUUCUGGGAUUCAUUUGAAACCACAAUUCAUAAUGAUGAGGAUGUAUCGGAUGUGAGUAAAAUUAGUUAUUUGGUUAGUUUACUGGAGGGACCAGCUUAUUCGGCUGUAGCUGGCCUUUCGCUUACAAGUGCAACGAUGGUCGGCAUUUUGAAAACACGAGUUCAUAUUGACAACGCGUGUGUGAUAUUGCACUUGGGCCUUGGCAAUUGUGAUAUUAAUGAAAAGUGUAAUAUAGCAUUGAAAAUAUAAUAUUUUCACGUUAAUCUGUACCAUUAACAACUGUGCUGCGUGUUUGAGUAUAUCUUUUCCGUGCACCUACUAAAUGUGAUUCAGUAAAAAAAAAUAUUAAAAACUCCGCCCGCCUGCACGGUUUUUUUCUGCUGCCACUGAUGAUAAACCGGGAUAUAUUUUUUUACAUGGUCUUAAGCCCCGUUUACACGCUCGAUUUUUGGUACCGUACCACUUUUUUGGUUCUUGGACUACCUAAAUAGGUAGUCCAGGAAAAAGUUACGGGUACCGUAGUGUAAACCGGGCUUAAGAAUAACUUUUGUUUUAUUUGAGAUGGAAUAAAAAAAUCAGCUACCGUUGUCGAUGGAGACUUUAUUAUUUAGCAUUAUUAAUUUUUCAUUUUCCCAUUGAUUCUUAACCUGCAUUUUUUACGUUUUCUAAUUUUCUGGGCGAUAGGCCGUGGCUGAUGGGGGCCCCUAACAGUCGGGGGUUCUUAGUUUUUGAACUAACCCUACCUAAUGAGCGUUAAUGCCACUGUGCGUAUAUCUUUUAAUAUGUGAUGCACUAACUAAAGUUAAUAUAUAUGCAUGAUAAGUAAAACAUAAACCCACGGAAGUUCUCGUUAUGAUUAUUUGGCCUAAUUAAAUUUAUGCUUCUGCAGGCGAGGCGUAAAUUAAAACAUUUAGUGUUUAUGUAGCUAUUUUCUUUUUGAAACUCAUUAAUUAAGAUGGGUUUUCAAAAUUAAAAUUUAAAGGAAUUUCAACUUAAUAUUACUCUAUUCGAUAUGAAUUUUGAUUUGAUUUGGAAAGUUUAUACAAAUUCCGUAAGUUUAAAUUUUAUAAAUAAUUGCAAUUUCCAAAUGAAGAUGCGUGUUUCUUAAUUCCAGGUUAUUAGUUUUUAUGCGGAAAAUGGCAAAUAUUAUGCGGAGUUGGUUCCAAUUAUUUCAGUAAAAGACGGAAAGGUCAGACAGCAAUUCAAUGUCAGCGAUACUGCUGCUCGGCGGCGAAAACGUGCGGACUUGAGCUUGACCGCGACUGCAAACUUUGGAAUGGAAAGAGAUGUACAGGUAGGUUCGUGAAUUAAACAUCAGAAAUUAUUCAGUUUGUGAAUUUCUUUCCCAAUGCGUAUAAACAACAAAAUUCACUAUUAUAUAUAUAAUUGUAACUAUUAUAGAUGAUCAAACGCGGAUAGAAAUAGUAUUUCCUCGGAAGGUACUUACCUGAAGGAGAGAUAUGGUUCUCCGAACUCUUUCGAAGACUGAUACGAGCAACACCGCGGAAAAACGCAUGUUUGGGGCACAAAAAAGAUGGCGAGGGAUUUAAAUGCCAAAUUGUAAACAAAAACACGACUUCGAAAUUUUUUGCAAAAUUAUUCAAAACAAAAAUUCAAACUCAAAAGUUAAGAAAACUCUCGAAAAGUUAAGCUUCUUAACCCACUCAAAUUGUAGAAUAAAUCCUAAAGUUUAAUUAUUGUGAACACGAAAAUUUUUUAUAUUUGGCGACACAGUUUUUUUUAAAGAAAUGUAUCUCAAACGAAAAUUCGGAAAUUGUCGUUGCUUAGUUGAUAAACAAAAUGUUUCAGACGAUAAAUUUGUCAACAAUCACCUUUAGUUCAUUGUCUUGUACAAUACAAUUUCUUGAACCUUCUGGAUAUAUUUAUUCCUAGUUUUUAGAAUGACAUGUUUAUUUUUUGCGCUCGAAAUCUGGCUGUAAAGACACACAAUGAAGUCACUCCUUUUUACCGCCAUUUUGAGCCUUCGGAAACGUUUGGAACAGCUUCUCAUUAAGUUCGCAAUACUAUUACAGGUAAGGUUGACGCAUGCGCAGACGUUUUUCCGCGGUGUUCUUGACAUCACGUUCGCAAUACAUAUUUCAGUAAUGUUGACGCAUGCGCAGACGUUUUUCCGCGGUGUUGAUACGAGCAAUACUGGUUUUAAUCCAUUUAUACGCAUGCAUACUGACAUCCUCUGAUUGAGAAGCAAGCUGAAUAUUGAUUAACAGACUAGGGUGGGGUGGUGUUGGUAUCUACCACCAUUGGUACGGGGAACAGUAUUGCUCGUAUCAGUCUUCGAAGGAGUUUGGAGAACCAUAUCUCCCCUUCAGGUAAGUACCUUCCGAGGAAAUACUAUUUCUCCUUCACUCAUUCUCCGACUGAUACUCACAAUACUGGUGCAGAUUUCAAAGACAACUGUUAAUCAAUGUAUAUAUAAAAUUUUAAUCCGAAAUGAACACAAAACAAUUGAUAUCAACAUCACAUUUCCAAAAGUCGUUGACUAAUGUAUCUUGGAAUGAAAACAUGCAGUGAUGUCAUUUUUGUACCGCAUACGAGCUGUUCGAUUAACAUACUGUUUCAGACUCUCAAUAACACAAAUCUUUUGGUUUUCUGGUAAGGAUGGAAGAUUAAUCUUUCUUGCUGGGUGAUUCGGCCGAGAAUUCUUUAGAUGUUUAUAGGUAUUACAAACUCCCAACCGUUCUCCUUUUGAGAUACAUAAUCCAAGUGCCAUGCUGCGAGUUCGUGAGCCCUGGAUGAAGAUGUAAAAGCCAACAGGAUAGUCGUUUUAAGAGUCAACUCUUUAAGUGAGAGGUUCUCGUUUGGUUCCAUAUUCUUCAAAUGCUCUAAUAAUGUCCCAACUGACCAGCUUACGCAUAUAUCUUGGGUGUUGGUGGACGAACUUCAAAGACACCUUUCAUUAAACGGGAUAAGAGCGGAAGAGUUCCCAGUGGUUGUCCAUCUAUUGGAUCAUGUAGUUGAAAUAUGCAUGAUUUGUAAACACCGACAGUUCGGUAUGAAAGCUUUCGAGUAUGAAACUGUUCAGUCAAAAACUGUAAAACCUCUGCUACAGUGACUGAAAAGGGACAUUGAUUCCGUGAGACACACCAGCUAGUCCAAAGUCUCCAAGGACCUUCAUAUCUCUUGUUCGUUCCUUCUCUCCAGGAGGCCAUAAGGAUGUCACAAACUUGCGGUGGAAGACCUCCUGCUCGACAACGUUCCCUGAAAGUGGCCCGAGUACCGCCAGCUUUCGGGUAUAUCAUAUAGGUCAGGGAAAUAAGAUAACCGAUAAGAAAGACAUAGUUGACGAGUUCACCAAGUUUUUUACGUUCAUAUAGGUCCUAAUUAGGCUAAUAAUAUCACUGAUAGUGACAUUAGUCCACAUCCUCUGUCAUACAUGAAUCAUUCUACAAAUGCUUUUUCCUUUGAAAAUAUAUCAAUUCAUGAUAUAAAAAGAGAAAUUAAAAAUUUGGAAAUUGGAAAAUCGACUGCAUGGUCUAGACAAAAUUUCAACUAAGCUAGUGAAACAGGCUGAUGAGACAAUAUUUGAAUCACUUGUAUAUAUAUUUGCUAAAACUGUCUGUACCAGUGUGGGUUGUACCAAUGUGAAAAUGCUGUGCUGAGUGGUUAUAUUACUACCUUAAAAAAUAAGCAGAAACUCGACGUUUCGAGCGAAGGCCCUUCGUCAAGAGUUAGUAGCAGGGAUCGGGGAAAAUGCACGGGCUUUUAUACUAAGAGUAUGAAAGCAUCACGUGACAAAAAAUAAACCAAUUAGAUGGAUUUAAUCAUAACAAAGUGUAAACAAAAUAUGUAAAUCGCAUUACAGAAUAUAAUAUAAUAAAAAUAUGUAUAUAUAUAUAAAAAUAAUAUAAAAAUAAACAGGAAGCUAAGACAAUUACUACAAAUAAUAAAAAAUCAAAAAUCAAAACAAAAGUGGGAAUAAAGUAAAAGUAAUAAAUAGAUAAAUGUUGUCAAUGUCUGCUAUAGCUCUUGUCAUGUCGUUGUCUGUCUAUAGCAGACAUUGACAACAUUUAUCUAUUUGUUACUUUUACCUUAUUCCCACUUUUGUUUUGAUUUUUGAUUUUUUAUUAUUUGUAGUAAUUGUCUUAGCUUCCUGUUUAUUUUUAUAUAUAUUUUUUAUUAUAUUUUGUUCUGUAAUGCGAUUACAUAUUUUGUUUACACUUUGUUAUGAUUAAAUCCAUCUAAUUGGUUUAUUUUUUGUCACGUGGUGCUUUCAUACUCUUAGUAUAAAAGCCCGAGCAUUUUCCCCGAUCCCUGCUUCUAACUCUUGACGAAGGGCCUUCGCUCGAAACGUCGAGUUUCUGCUUAUUUUUUAAGAUAGUAAUAUAACCACUUAGCACAGCAUUUUUUUAUAUAUAUUUAACCUGUCACUUGAAAUAGGAAUAUUUCCUGAUGAUUGGAAACUUGCAAAGGUAACUCCAAUAUAUAAAACUGAUAACAAAAUGCUUUGUGGAAACUAUAGACCAAUAUCAGUCAUUUCCAGCAUCGCAAAAAUAUUUGAAAAACUGGUCAGCAAACAACUAAAUACCUUUCUAGACCACAAUGAUAUAAUUGUUAACAACCAAUCAGGUUUUCGUCGUUAUGACUCCACAGAAACCUCACUACUUCAAUCUACAGAAAUGUGGCUAAAGUCAAUGGACCAAAGUUUAAUUAAUGGGGUUAUAUUUUUAGACCUUAAAAAGGCGUUCGAUACAAUUGACCACCAGAUCCUAUUAACAAAACUUGAAGCUUAUGGAGUGCGUGGUACUGCACUUAAAUGGUUUCAGUCGUAUUUGGAUCAAAGAAAGCAAAUAUGCGUUCUAAAUAAUUGUAGGUCAAAUAUUCAAGCAAUUCAUUGUGGGGUACCCCAAGGAUCUAACCUUGGUCCAAAGGUCGUAGGUUCGAUUCCCACUGUGGCCAGGCAUAUUUUUCAAGCGUGCCCGGUGUGGAUAUGCACUCAGAGUAACAUCACACAAGCAUCUUAUUCACCUGAGUACAUUACACCAACACAGCAAAUACCAUGCAAAUCUAUUUGCAGAUGACACAACUCUAUCAUGUCAAGGAAAUUCAUUUACUUUCAAGUAAACUCAACAAUGAUCGAAAAAAUUAACAAUAAACGUUAAAAAAACUAAAUAUUUGAUUAUUGAAAACUUGAAGUCACAUGCCAAAUAUCACAAUUAACGGACACCAAAUCGACCGUGUCUAUAAAAAAAGAGGUUCUAGGUAUUACUAUUGACGACAAACUUAACUGGAGUAAACAAAAUGAAGAACAAUAUAAAAAGAUCUCAAGUAAUAUUAAUCUAUUAAGAAAUGCCAAAGAUUUCGUAGACUUAGACAAACAUAAAAUAAUGUAAAAUGCAUUAGUGAUGCCUCAUUUCAUCUGUUGUUCAACUGUGUGGCAAAAUAAUAAUCAAGCACACCUAGAUUAACUUUACAAGCUACAAAAACGAGCUGCUAGGAUUAUAACGAAUUCAUAUUAUACAGUAGUACAAGGUCCUCGCUAAUAUUUCAAAACCUUGGUUGGAAACCUCUUGAAUUAAUCCUAAAAAAGCGAGAUCUUUUCAUAACAUUUAAAGCGCUAAAAGGAAUGCUUCCAAACUAUAUAUCACAAUUAUUUCAUACUUGUGAAAAUAGCGACUACGAUCUGCGCAGCAAUAACUUUAAAUUGUCCCAAAGGAAACCAAAAACAAAUUUUUUAAAGAAUAGCUUUUCCUAUAGAGGAGCAGCGGCUUGGAAUAACAUCCCAAUAAAUAGUCUAAAUAUUCUAAAAGAAACAACUAGUCUAACAGCCUUCCAUAAUAUAAUAGAUGGUUGUUUCAAUUCCUUACAAUAAUUUACAGUACCUUCAUAAAAUAUGUCUGUUUAUUAACAUAAUUGUUUCAUUAUAUAUAUUUGUAAAUACAUUAAUUAAUUAAUUUAUUAAUUAAUUAAUUAAUUAAUUGUUUUUAGUAAUGCAAUUGUCCACACGGCCCUUUGAAAAUCACUCUUUGUGAAAGGCUACCGUGUUUUUAAAUAAGAUUAAUAAUAAUAAUAAUUUCUUCUCCACAGAGGGUGUUGCGCUUCCCGGUCGAAAGGUAGAUAUAGACUUGUAUCCGUCAUUGGGAGAAGGGACGGGAUGUUGACCAACAUCUCAAAUAGUAGCGGAUACCAGGUCUGGCCCGGCCAGUUCGGGGCAAUGAGUAGACAGGUUGCCUGAUCUUUUCGUAUCUUCUUCAGAAUGCGAGGCAGCAUUAUAACCGGCGCAAAAAUGAACGAUGUCCAUCUGUUCCAAUGCAAUGUCAUUGCAUCGACCUCCAUUGUGUCGGGGAACAUACUGAGUGUCGGGGAACAUAGGGGGGUAGUUGAUGAUUGAGCCGAGAUGCAAACAAGUCGAUAUAUGGAGUCUAAUACUCAAUAUGCGUGUGAAGAUCGCCUUGUCUAGAGUCCACUCCGUGCGUUCGUUGAAGUGACGAGAAGCCCAGUCCGCGUCGAUCUUCUGUACUCCCGAAAGGUGUUGUGCUGUUAUCCAUAUUCCUUUCUGUUGACAAACGUUCCAAAGUCGAAGACCUUGUUCCCCCUCUCUUGUUGACCUAUGCAACUGCUGUAAAGUUGUCCGUCUGCAAACCAAUAUGUUGUGGCAUUUUUACCUGUGUCGUCAGAAACGACUGGAUGGCCAGAAGGGCUGCUUUCAUUUCGAGAAUUUUGAUGUGUUGUCUGGAUUCUUGGAUGUUCCAUCGUCCCUCCUGUCAUGACUCCGUUGCACUGUGCUCCAUUCUUGAUUGGACGCGUCGUCGGUGUAUCUGCGUCGAAAUCCACCAUUGGAGGUCGGUUAGUGAUUCUCUUGUCAGAUAGACUUUUGCCUUGUUCAAGAGACGUUUGCUCUGGUGAAUGCUGUUGAUAUGUUGCCUCUGUAGAGCACGAUAAUGCAAGGAUCCCUGGGCUAGACCCACUUGGGAGCAAUGGUUCAUUCUGCCUAAUAAAGCCGAGAGUUCUUUCAGGGUCAGCCAGCGAUUCUGGUUUGCAUUCUUGCACUCUAUUUGGAGCUUUAGGAGUUUGUCGUUGGGUACAGCUUGUGUCAUCUCCCUCGAGUUGAUCAAGGAUCCCAGGAACUCUAGACACUGGGACCCAUGGGGCUUGAGAGCAUUUUUCUUGUUUAAUGAGAAAUCCCAGAUGUUGUAGUAGAUUGACAACACUCCGAAAAAUUGACGACAGUCUUUCUGGGCUUUGGUCCAGAAUAAGCUUAUCGUCCAGAUAUAUUAAAAUCCGUAUUCCUUGUAUUCGUAGCAAUACCAUGAUCGGUUUCAAUAGUUUUGUAAAUGUAUUGGUCGCACUGGAUAGCCCGAAUGGUAGGCAUUGGAACUCGUAUGUUAUUCGUUGGAAAGCAAACCUCAGAUAUUUUUGUGACUGUUGUGCAUCGGUACGAAAAAAUAGGCGUUUUGGAGAUCUAACUUCAUCAUGAAGGCUCCUGGUUGGAUCAGUUUGCGUACUGCUUCCAGACCUUCCAUCUUGAAUUUCUGAGAUUGGACAAAGCGAUUGAGAUUCUUUAAAAUGAAAAUUUGCCUAUCCUUGGACACUUGUUUCACUAUGAACAGUGUUGAAGUGAAUUGGUUUGUCUCCUCCUGUACAGCUUUUGCUGCACCUUUCGCUUGGAGUUGUAAUAUGGAUUCUUUUAUAGAGUCCUCUUUCGACUUUGCUUUUGUUUGUCUCUGUCUCCACUGUAUGGAUUGACGAACAAAGGGAAUUUUGUACCCUUGAACUAUGGAUAGAAUCCAGGGAUUUGAUGUAAUUCGUGUCCAGUUUGAAUACAAAUGUUUGAUGUGGCCUGCUACAAGAUUGUCCGUUGGUUUGAUGUCCUUUAGUGUUGGUAGCUGAUAGUCAGCUGCGUUUUGCGUGGUUUCCACGUUUUGUCCAAUAUAGGGUUUGUUGUUGUUUUGAUUCUUUCUGAAGGACUUGUUGAUUUGAAAACGCCCUCUGGAGGAGGAAAACCUUUGAGGUUUGGUUGAUUGUGCCACUAAUUUGCGAUUGGUGUUUGCAUGAUCAUGUUCCUCUUUAAUUACAUUAUGAAAUUGCUCGGGGAACAGGUACUUGUCAGCUGGAAUUUGGUCUUUCAGGGUACGCUUACCCACAUCCGUUAAGUAUUCUGCAAAACGUUUUUGGCGCCAAAUGUUUAGUCGACAAUGUGUCUUUUGUUCGGGACUGACCAUGGACACGUUUGAUGUCCUCUUUCAUCCCUGUUAGCAUUAUGGGUGAAACUAGGCAAUCAGCUGUUCCUUUAAUGUCAGGGUAUUGUUCCAUGACAUUCGUCCAAACUUCUUUGGGCAGUUGCUUGGUAAAUGUAGAUUUGAGAAAUGAAGUUAUUGUAAUUCUUCAGAAAUGGUAGCUUCUGGUGCUAGUGCAUAAUACUUGUUGGAACGACUAGAACUGACAGAAGCUGGUGGUGUGUCACUAUCAACUACUUUGGCUCUUUUAGGUUGUGGUUGUUCCACAGCGAUAUUUUCAUGGGAACCAUUAGGCUCUGGUGUCAUAAAAGCAUUUCUUAAAAUGUCUGGUAGAGUCCUUUUUAAUGUCUCAGUGACUUUGUCGUCGAUCAGAGAACUUAGUUGAUCUCGUAUCCAGGGUCUUUCCUCUUGGCGAGGGGACAAAAGAACCUGGUUGACGCUGGUUACGUGAUCUGCUAAAAUCUAGCAGAUUUUUAAUUAGCAAUCCAAGAUGAGGUAAAUAAAUAUUUGAAUAUUUGGAUAAUUUUUAUAGUUUAAUUACUAAUUUGCGUUUUGUAUGAUUGUCGUAAAGGAAUCCAAGAUAGUUAAUUAGAAAUCUGCUAGAUUUUAGCACAUCACGUGACCAGCGUCUACCAGGGUCUUUUCUUCCCAAGAGGAAAGACCUGAGUACGAGGUUGCUGGUAUCCUCAAUAAGCAUAUUGUCUGGUUCCUGCGAGAUCGACGUGAUUUUUACAACAUUUUAUGGAUAAUAGAUCAAAUAUUUCUGUAAAGUAUAACUAUAUACUAUCGAUACCUGCAGGAGAUAAACUCAAAAAAUAAAACCCAAACUUGACGAAAAUAAUUAAAAUAUUCGAUCAGGGCGACGUAUAUAACCAUAGGCAUAGUAAAUGUAAACGUAUUAAACAAUUAAGAUGCAAAGUUUUACCUUAAUAUUAUUCGAUAUAAAACUUUUUUAAAUGUAUAUGCAUAAAAAUAGAGAAAAUUGUUCCGGAUGGAUGACUUUUUUGAAGGAUUUUGAAGCGAAUUUAGUGAGUUAAACAAACCGAAGCUUGCCCACGGAAAAAGAGGAUGUCAGUACGCAUGCGUAUAAAUUCAUUAAAAUCUUGGGUUCCAAACCGCCGCGCGCCGCGAACUGCACCAGUAUUGUGAGUAUCAGUCGGAGAAGGAGUGAAGGAGAAUUCGAUGAUUUUUGUUGUUAUUCGACAUUUACUGCACAAGCUUCCUUCUAAAUAAAGUCUCUAUUCAGUAAGGACAGAAAUUAGUUUGAACCUGUUUUUAUUUAUUCUAAAGACUUAUAAAAAAGAUUGUCUGCAUGCAUGCAAUAACAUUCUCGUAGAAGAUCAGUUAUAACCUGGCACAUAUUUGGUCUAUACUACUUCGUUAUAAAGUUAACUUGCAUUAUAGGUUGGGAAACAUCUAAAAGUAAGUGGAAGUGUCAAGUUUAAUGCAGGGGUGAAAAUCAACCUUCAUAUAUCCUAUCUGAAACUGCAAUCGGUUGGUGUAAUCUUGUCUGGUGAAAUGAAAAUAGACCUCAAUUGCAAUUUUGAUCCUUCUGCAAGGUAGGCCCUAAGUAUACGAGCAUUAUUAAAGUUAUUGUUUUCCAGCGCAUUAAAAUUGAAACGUUAACACUAUUUUCAAAUGCUCUGGAAAUAUGGAAGACGAAUGUGAAGCUCACAAAUUCUAGGCGCCGUGAAGAGAUAAUCGGAUUCUUGGGAACUUUAGCCAGAAGGAUGCCAGAAGUCACCGAACGGGUUGGAUUAUUAGAAGAAAUGUUUGUUAGCCACUGAGCAAUUUUGCAAUUGACACCCGUCUAAGUCCUAUACUUCGUAAAGCCCGAAGCAUUCUCCCCGGAAUGCCGUGUGUCUACUGCGUGUAGGUCGACCAACGGUUCCAUAUCUCAAUCGAUUACAGUGAUAUCUCGAUUAUACGUUUAUAGUGAAUGGCCCUUCCAGGUAAUGUAUCCAUUUUUGAAAAUGGAUAAAGCUAACAAACAUUUCUUCUAAUAACUUCUGGCAUCUUUCUGCAUGGCUAAAGUUCUCAAGAAUCAAAUUAUUUCUUUAAGGCGCCUGCUGUAUACUUCACAAAUAUUAAUGUCGUCUGUGAAUUUGUGAGCCUCGCAUUCUUCAUUUAAAGCUGGUAAUCCUCGCAAAACCCUUUCUAUUUCGCCUUCCAUAUUUCCAGAACAUUCGAUAAUGGCGUCCGAUUAUUUUGUAAUUGUUUUAAAGCCUUCAUAUAUAGUUAUGCAUUAUAUAAGCGAAUUCAAAUUUCUUACGCCCAGAACGUUGUCUUACGUAAGUCUUGCAAAAGUCUUACGCACAGAACGUUGAGUUUAUAGACAACAUGUAAGCAAGUGCUAUUGUAUACGGACUUUACUAUAAAAUAUAAUUAAUAAUAAUACUCUUAUAAUUACGGCCAAGAAGUCUUACGCGGAACACAAUUAUCAGUCUUACGCGGACCAUAUUUAUAGAAGUCAUAUAUAUACGGGCCAAAUUUGGAAGUCAUAUGGGCAGGCAAUAUUUAUACGGGCCACGUAGAUUUAGGCUAUAAGUCCUACGCCAACGUGGUUUAGAAGUCAUAUACGGGCAAAAUUUAGAAGUCAUACAUGCAGGCGAGGUAGCUAUAAAUCAUUUAUACAUUAGGCAUUUCAGGCGUAGUUUAUACGAUUACAGGCGAUGUUUACAGGUGUACUCUAUAUUACAUGGAUAUUUCUAAGUGUUGUGCACAGUUAUAGUACAGUAGCCGGUUUACACGCGAAGCAUGAUGUUUUAUACGCGUGUAUUAUUUAUAAGCCUUGCGAGAAUAUUGAUAACAUAAGGUAUACGCACGAGAGAAGUUUUACGUAAAUAAUCCUAACGUAAUUAUUUUUGGCUAGUAUAGCGUUCCAUAAUAUUCAAAUUAUUUUCUAUUAUCCAAAAACUUUAUAUGAAAACAAGAGCGACGCUAUACGGUACUUUCAUGAAAGAAUUGUACGGCUUGAAAUAUUUUUUCAACACGACGUUUGACGAUAAAAACUCUUCAGAAACACUGCAAAACGUUUUAUAAAUGUUAUACUGGUUGUAUUUUAUAUUAAAUCGUAUCGAAGCUUAUAUUGCGCAUAAUUUUGUCAAAAAACAUAAAAAGAAAUAGGUUGUGUUACCAUGACAACAACUUCGAAAUACUUCAUGUUUGGAAAAUAAACUUGCUCUUUAACAAGGUUAGGGGUUUUUGCAUGCAUGCAUUUCUAGUAUACAAUCGUUAUAUUUUGCAUUUUUUUUGUUAUGUAUAGUUAUUCAAUUGUGAAAAGCAAAAAACUGGUCAACAAGGAAGUUGGACGUUUUUGCAUUCCUCUUCUGGCCUUUGUAUGUGUACCUGGAGUAUUUAGAUUUGAUGUUGGUGUUUCAGCAAGUGCUUCAUCUUCGGUAAAUAUCAUACAGCAUGCAUUCCCUGCAUGCAUGAAUUUCUAAUUCAACAAAGUACGCAAGAUUGAAUUCAUGGCCAUGCUAGGCAGAUCUGUCUAAAGGGCCUUAAUUUUUCGUAUUAUAUAUUUCGUAUUAUAUUCUUAUGUUCAUUCGGGUUUUUGUGCACCUUAAUUAACAGCUUAUUGUCUUUUACUGAGCGCAAUGACUCAGAAAAUGCGUCUAUUAUAAUUAUUAACAUUUUUCUUUCUUUUUUUCCGCAUCGUUCACGCACACUUCAUAUUCUAUUGUCUCUGCGUGCUCCUUUAUUGCCGACUCGAUUUGUGGCCUUGUGUCUGGUUUGUGCUCCGCCCAACGCGACUUCCAGCCUCUUUUACUCUCCCAAACGUAAACAAAGUUGCAGGAUCAACUUUGGGGUUUCCACGGUUUUGAGAUCCAACCGUGUUCAACCGUGUUCUACUGUUCGUCUGGUUCUGUUUGCGGCUUAAUUUGUUUAUAAAAACUGACGUAUAUUCAUCAGUCUUUAAGGCUCUACGAACAAUCUCCUUCUCCAUUUCUUGUCCCUGCAUGCGUAGUAGUUGGAAUGAUGUUUGCGAGGUGAUAUAAAGUUUUUACCACCGCCGCUUUAUUCUGCUCCAGAUUACGCGAAUCAAAGCAUAUGAAGCCCAAUAAUUAGUGGUAAUAGGCAUAAAAAUGACUAAAAUAGUUUAAAAUUCAAUAAAAUUUUAUUGUGUUACCGUGAAAAUAUUCUACAAACUGUUUUUUGUAGCCAUAAGGUGUGAAAUAACCAUGCGAUGCUCAAUCUCUGAUUCGCAUGCAGUGGCGUAGUAGCGUAUAGUGACGUAUAACUCUUUUUAGUAUAAUUACCUCCGCCGGGAGGUUAUGUAAUCAUCUGGGUUUGUAUGUGUGUGUGUGUGUGUGUAUGUGUGUGUGUAUGUGUGUGUGUGUGUAUGUGUGUGUGUGUGUGUAUGUGUGUGUGUUUGUCUGUGAGCACGAUAACUCAAGAAAUACCAAACAUAUCCGUACGAAAUUUUUUGAAUGCAUUUCCCAUCGGCUAAGGAAGAACUGAUUAAAAUUUGGUUGAAUUUGGUUAAAAAUUGAACGAGAAAUGAACAAAAUUUUGUCUUGCUUUUCCCGGUCAAUUAACAAAAUAUAUUACUGAAUGCGUAAUUAGGACGUGUAUAAUUUAUGCACUCAGUGCUAAGACAGUAAUGAGAUGAUAAACCUCAUUAAGCUUCGGCCUUCAUUAUCUAUUGUCUUAGUUGCAUUUCACGCGACCGAAAUUCAAUGUCUAAAACAAGGCUUACGGAGUUACGCAUUAUUACGUUCAGCAAAGUGCCAGUCCAUUCAAAUUCUAACAACAUUAGAUUACUUCAAUACAGGGUGUAUAAAAAGAACGCAACCUCGGAAUUUCCCAAGAAAUCGACAUUGUUUUAAAGACAAAAGAUUUUAGCUGCCUGGGAAUUUAAAAUACCACAACUGUGAAAAUUACUGCACGCGCGAGUGCAUAAAGCAAAAUUUGUGCAUUUAUUUAAUGACACUUAAAAAGUUUUUAUUUUAAUUACAAGUACUGUACAGUACAACAACAGUAAUAUUGUUCUAUUAGCAAUUCGAUUUCAAUUGCGGGGGCCUGAAAUCUUUUAUGCUUAAGAAUUAUAAAGUGGAUUUCUUAGGAAAUUCCAAGGUUGCGUUUCACUUCCGAGUAACGGGCGGAGGUAUGCAGUCUCUGAGUGCCCUCUAGUUACAUAGGUGAUUAUUGAAAAUUCUCCACGCUGAUUGGUUGCCGAUGAGGUGAUUAUUACGCGAUAUAGGGUAGAAAGGCAAUAAUAUUUUGAUAUUAUGGCAAAACAACAUGAAAACUUCAAAAAAUUAUAGCCGAGAAAACUUUGAUACUCGAACAACAUAUGCAUUACUGUGAAAAAAUUAUUUUAAAAACCAAAUGUAGAAAAAAUGUGCAAAACUUUUGCUAAUUUGCCGAUAAAUUUCGUGGCACGAUGCUGGAGGCAAAUUGCAAAAUGCGAUUCCUAUGGCGAAUCUGAUUGGUCGAAAAAGUAAACAAACUCGCGAAAGUUUUCAAUAGUUUUCUCCGUUAUAAUUUUUCUGAAGUUUUCAUGUUGUUUUGACGUAAAAUUUUGGUUGUGAAAUGCGCAUAAUAUAUGCUUGUGUAUAUUGGCAAAAGAGUUGCCUUCCUUCCCUAUUAUAAAGACUUAUACGACACUAUACGGCACUGCGAAUCAGAGAUUGAGCAUUGCAUGGUUUAAAUCCACAUCUAUGGCUACAAAAACAGUUGGUAGAAUAUUUUCACGGUAACACAAUGAAAUUUUAUUGAAUUUUAAACUAUUUUAGUCAUUUUUAUGCCUAUAUAUACCACUAAUUAUUGGGCCUCCUAUGAUCAAAGGGUAUAUAAAUACCUGUCGUGUCCAUGGUUUUCGACGGACUGCGAUCAUUAUUUCGCCUCUAGCUGAAACUAACAAGUAAGUUAAAAGUUUUGACGUGGUAUAAGUUGGUGAUCCUACGCAGCUGUUUCGACCAUUACAAAAAGAAGAAAGGAGAUAUGGAUUUUAUGUUCGAGUGGCAAAAACAAUAUCUCACGAGUGGGCGCAGCGAACGAGUGAGAUAUUGUUUUUGACACGAGAACAUAAAUCCAUAUCUUCUCGCAACCGUUUAAUGUUCUGUUUAUUAUAUGGACUUAUUCAGAGUGACAAAAAUACACACAAAGUCAAAGACGACAUGUAAAUAAGCACGCGCAAGAUCAGUAUAAAAGCGAUAUUUUUAAAAUUAUAGUGCAAAGAUAAAACUAGAAUAAAUUUUACUUAUCUCAAGAUGUCUAUUAAAUGUUUUCGUUUUAUUUCCAACGUUAAUUUCGUUUUAUAUACGAAUCAAAGACCAUUUGUAUUUUCAAAACAACAACAACGAAAAUGGCGCCGAGAAAUUUUCAAACUUCGUAUGUCACUAGCAAGCGUGAAAUACGUAAAACACGCGCACCUGGUCCCAGAUGUAGUGGCAUAUAUGAGUUCUACGAGUGUUUUAAUUUCCAGUAAAACACCAUUUUCUGCCAGUGGUAUUUUGUGCACUCUCUGGAGGCCAUAAAACGACACGGCGAUAGAAUCAAAAUCCAGCAGCUCUUCGGCAAUACAGCGCUUUCAUCAUGACUCAAACGUUUGAUGACAAUUCCCAUGCAAUAAUUAUAAGUAAUAGCAUGGCAUUCAGGGCGAUUAGUGAUUAAACGUACCCGAAAGCCGAGAGAGGCAUGCGCAUAAACGGAAUUUUCUCCCACAAUUGUAAUGUUCAAGAUUAGGGAAUAAAAGCUGGCAAAGUGAUUGUUCGAAUGUGUACGGGACGGUGUCGUCAGAUACUGUCCAUAGUUGUGCCGAUGAUUUUCGAUGAAGUACAGCUCUCCAAUCAGAGGUAAUGAGGUACGCGGGGAAAUUUACUUAAUUUAGUUGAAAACAAAGGAUUUCUUUGUCUUCUAAUGCUUGAUGAGGGAAAUUUAGAAGACAAAAGCGUAUGCAUGGGUAAUGAGGUAAAUUAGUGAUUAAUCGUACCUCGCGAGACAAAGGAUUUCGAGGCAACUAUGGUAUUACGAUAAGUAGACAGGCUCAACCAUGCAGCUCUCCUAUAGUGAUUUUAAUUUCCACACUAGUCGGGAGAGGUUGUAACUGAAGAAAACGGCACGACCAUCUUUAUGCAGAAAACACUUGAUGGAUUAAAAGCAUGCAUUUAUUUCUAAAGAAAAAUAUUUUUAAAAAGACCAUAACGAAAUUAUGUUUUAACGUUGUGUGCCUAGGGGGGCCCGGGGGCAGGAGCCUCCAGAAAAUUUUUAAAUUUAGAGUCCCUGAAUUGCCAUUUCCUGGACUUUGGGGGAAGAUUUGACAGAAAUCUGAUGUUCAGGAAACGGUAUUAUAACGUGUCGAAAUUUGCAAUUUGGUUAGAAUUUAGUAGUAGUACUUAAACUGAUUAGUACAGAAUCGGUUUUACUAUAAAUCUUUAUUUUAUAUUAAUUUAUAGAGGAAUAAAGUCACUCGUUGAGUAUAUUUCAGCAUGAGCUCCACCUUUGAAUUUACUAUAUGAGUAAAUUCUUAAACACGCCCGAAUUUAUCAUUAUGAUAAAUUCGCGGCACAUUUUGAAUUUAUCAUAAUAAUAAAUUCGCGGCACCUAACCCUAACCCUAACCACUAACCCCUAACCCUAACUUUUUUAACUUUUUUAACUUUUUGAAAAUCUAACUUUUUAAACUCUUUUUGCCUUUUAAAACUCUUUUAAAACUUUUUUAAAAACUAUUUUUUUGAAAAUAGUGGAAAUUAUAAUGAUAAAUUGAAAAUAGUGGAAAUUAUAAUGUUAUCAUAAUGAUAAAUUCGGACGUGUUUAAGAAUUUACUCGUAUAGUAAAUUCAAAGGUGGAGCUCAUGUUGGUAUAUUUGCAUAAAAUAUUUGAUUAUAUUAAACGCCGAUCUCACUAAUAACUAGUCCCCGAGCUGACGACGCGAAGCGCCGUGCGAGGGUACUAAUUCGCCCCAGCUAUUUACACCCGGGGAAACGAAAGCAUUAGUGAAGUCUAAAGUUCAUCAAUAAUCGCGGGCGUGGCUCACCAACGAUGUUUCGGUGGGUGAUCAUCCUUACUGAUCUCAAAAAUAUGGCGGACUGUCAUGAAUAGCGGACACUGAUUGUUCCAAUUUAAAGUUUGCAUUAUAACGACUGCAUGACGACAGCGAAAAUGCGAAAUAGCAAACAUUUCUUGAUUUGAUGAUUGAUACAUUUCUUGCAAAUAUAUUUCAUUUUUGCUUGCAUUUUUCCAAGAUUUUGUAAAUUUCAAAGGCUUUCUCAGAAAGAAAGGGCGAAAGAAUCGGCUAAAAGAAGGGAGCCAACGUUAACGAAUGUAAGUUUGUUUUAAAUAUUGAUUGUAUAAUUGCUUUAAUAUGAAACAACUAAACAAGACAGCAUAUAAUUUCAGUGUAUCUUUAAUAUUGAUUCCCUUUUUUAUUAUAUUGAAUUUUUUAAAUAAAAAAGAAAACCAAGUUAUUUGCAUGCGAGAAUUUGAAAUCAUUUAGAUACUUCAUGUUUGGAAAAUGCAAUGGUUUUGUCAGCAAGGCGAGGGUUUCUGCAUGCAUGUAUUUUCUAGUAAUGUUUUACUAAAAAGUGUGCUUGCACUUUAUUGUAGACUUGGAUCAAGUCCGUCUCUCCAGCAUCCGAGUCGCGAAGCGACGAGAUCGAGCUUGCCGCGGCGCGCGAGAUACUUUAUUGUUACGAAUCUUCAUAGUUUUAAUAGUUAGAAUUAGACUUAAUAGUUAGACUUAGACUUAAUAGUUAAUAUUAUAUCACGUGUUGUGGCGAAUGUUGAUAACGUCAAAUAUUGCCCAUAUUGCAUGACCGAGUAUGGUCUUAUGAAAUGUCAAAUCGCAUGUUCUCUAAUGUCUUUAAUGUUACUCGAAAAUCCAAGUAAUAUAUUCGAUAUUCAAUAACGAUUGUCAAUUUCUAGUAUUUCUAAAAAAUUUCAUAUAAGCGCCUUCGACAAUUCUGAUGUCAGACCUCCAAAGGCGGCAAUAAUCUGCUCCUUGUCCAAGGACAUUAAAAUCUUCCGUUCAGUGAUCAUAAGUAGCAACGCUCCAAGUCUUUCUUGAGAUAUAGACGAACGUAUGCGAGUUUUUACUCUCUUAUAUAUAUAAGAGCAGAGAAAGAGCGCUCUGGAGUUGCAGUUACUUUACAAAGAGUUGGAAAUGCAUCAAGUAAGUGGUAAUCAGGAUUCAACAAAAUUCUCAGAGCCUCUAUAAAUGAUGGUUUAUCCUUGUCCUUUGGUUCUUCAGCAGUUCCGUUGUCGCUUGACUCGCUGUCGGCUUCUUUUUCGUGGUCUUCGGUUUCAGAUUCAGAACCGGAGUCUAAAUCAGAAUCUUGCUCUUCUUUGUCUUCAUCAAAACGCACUGAACACGCACUUGAAUUUUUGAAAAGAUUCUGCAAGGUUGAACAGUUCAUCUGCACAUCGGUGCGGGUCGAUGUGGUACAUCGUGCAGAAGCUUCAUACUUUGGCUUCCAGAUCGGCGCCCCCUUUUCAUUUUUGUGCCCCCCAAGAAUUGCCAGCUGGGAGGGCCGUGACCCCCUCCCCCCUGCUAGCACGCCACUGUACGCAACAAUGGAAGACGCGAUAUUUAGAUGACAGGAAAAUAUUUACAAUAACCAGGAGACAUGCAUUAACGUAUAAACGUCCUACGAUUUUUAUAGGCUGCUGCUUCCAUAUCUGCAAGCUUAACAUCAACAUACUCUAUAUCAGCCGGUGGUAUAUGGAGAAACCAGCAUGGAGUUGAACGAAUUUUUAAUCAGGUACGAAAGAACUGCUAUAUAUUCGAGCUCUUCCUGAUAGUUAACUUAUAAUGAUAACUAUAUGCGAUCAGUGCAGUUCAACUUAUCGCGUAUAUAGUCAUCAUUAAUGAUGAUAUCAUGAUAAACCUAUUAAUUUGCUGAGAUGACAACAGUUGUAGAAAUGAAUGACUGUGCAAUGCAUAUACUGUCGUUCAAAUCUGAAUUUCCAAACUACAUUAUUUUACGAAAUCAUUAACGCAAAGCUAAAAGGAAAUUUUUGAAAGUAAUUUUAUAAUUUUUUCUUCAAAUAUUAAAUGAAAAUAGUAACGUGAAUUGAGUAAUAUCUUGUCUGUUUUUCCGAUCUCCAUAAAGAAGAAUUAAAGGAGGAUAUAUAUAUUUAGGGAGGAUCUACCCAACCAUCAUUUAAAGCUCGCAUCAAGGAAGCUUCCGCAUCCGUGUCAGCAUCUCUAACGCCGACUUUUGAAGUACACUGGCCAUCAGUAAUUCCGAAAAGAUUAAGACGACUGGCAGUAACAGUUCUUAGAAAAAUAUUGGGUAUUGUAUAUACUAUGUGCUUGUUGAAGAUACUAGACAGUUGAGCACUGACGUUGCUUUAGGUUGAUCGACGACAUAUUUUAAAAAGUAAAAUUAUGUAGCUGAGUGAGUUUUUAUAACUUUGCAUAGAAAAUUAGUACAAGUAAAAUGAUGAAACAACCAGAUACCAAAUUCUAACCUUGCCGUUCACCUCAUUUUAGAUGUUAAGAGAGGCACAUCUAUUCCAUCUCUGUUCGUGUUUAGCGUAACUGCACCAAUUGAAACGUCGCUUGAUGCUAAAUUCUGUACUGAAAAAUGUCCAGAUGCAGGUCGAAAUAUUGAAGCUAGUUUCCGUGGAGGAUUGCCGGCUGUCACUGGAUCUUUAACCCUCAACAUUGGGAAGUUCAAUAAAAAGUGGAAAGUUUUUAAUAUUCCUGUGUACGAGUAUGCUAACAGGUACUAUAAACAAUUGAACAAUUUUAUAUUUGGACUGAGGCACACACUGAUAGAAAUCCCGUACAAUUUUGUAGUAUAUGUAUAAUUAUGCAUGCAUGCAUAUGGCAGGGCAUUUUCUGGACAUGCAUGCAGUGUAAACAUAUAAACAGCGCACGCUACUCAACCAUUAUAUGAAUUAUAUAGAGAGCUUAAAGAUUAAGCAAGCGACGUUUUUGAUCAUAGAAAUAAUAGAUAAAGAAUGUGUACUUGAUCACGAAUCAUGCAUGUCUCCAUUUUUUUCAUGCGUACAUGGCCUUUCCGAUCUGCCAUAUAGAACGUUUGCACAUGACGUCACAGCAGCCAUGUUGGUGUUUCAAUUCAAAAGAAUUUAAAUUAUAGACUCUUUUGUCUGGAACACCAACAUGGCCGCCAUGUCUUUUGUUGAGUUGGUCCCUGGGAAAUGAGUGCAAACGCUCUAUUAGCUAAAUCUGACUAACUCCAACCGGAAAUUUUAAGCCAAACUUGAAGGACAGUCUCAGUCUUUUCUGAUUUCACGCACGUGAAGAGCGCUCAAUCAGUAAAUCAUGCAUGUCUAAUACGCGUGUCUGUAGUUUGCCUUGGCUUCUCGAAAAAAAUAGGCAUUUUUUCCGAAGGUAGCGUUCCAGUUAUGUUCAUUUCAAUGGACUAGGAGUGAGAAUUACAAAGUAUAAACAAAGCUAAGACUAAGUUUUCAUCGUCGAAAAGUUUUGUCUUGCUGUCUAGUUUGCAGUUUGGCGUCAGAUUUUGAAAUUAUUAAGUUCUUUGAAGGCACUUCUGGUAAUGUAAGUGCUGUAUAUCAGUUAUGGCUUGUUCAUUUACAAAAACGGUGAAAAUCCUUGUAAAAACAAAGUAUAAUUUCGUGUAAUCAUAAUUCUUGGGCUAAAGGAAGUACUGUAUCUCAAAUCUAGUUCGCAACACUGGAGUUUUUAGGAAUUUAAUUAAGCAUGGAGCAAAAAUAUUAAUACUUAUUUACCGUUUAUAAGGUCACCCCGUACUUGAAAACUAUUAAUUUUUCCCCCGGUCUUCUGUGACGUUGGGAAAAUAUUGUCAGUACGGACCUCCCAGCCGGUAAAUAACAUAUUAGUAUUUAACUUAUUUAGAUGCAGGUUUAUUAACAUAGCUGCAGCACCAGUUUCAAUGGCAUGGCGCGUCGCCACUGAUUGAGUAUCGAGUUUGUCUUGCGGAUCUUUUGUGUUUUGUUUUGGCUUCCACAACAACCUUGAAACUGCAGUUUUAAAUGACGAUUUUUGUAUACACCCUGUACAGAACCAUUAUUUUUCAUAAAAAACCCAGUGGUGUGGGGUUUUUUAAAACGUUUAUAUAUUACUAAAUUGUUUUCCAUUUUAAGCCUCGAUAUAAAAUACUUUGUUGAAAAAAGGAGGCAAAUAUUGUAAAACGGCUAAAUUAUGUACGCGUGACACCCGUGUCGUCAAAAACGCCAGAAUUUAACUAAUGUAUAAUCGGAUCCUAUUUCAAUUUUUCCAAUAAUGCUAACCAUUCUUUAUAUAACAAUUUUGCAGUAAAUGUUUCUCUACGGCUCCAGUAAAAGUGCCAUGCUGCAUUGAAAAUGGAAAACCUGGAAAGAUUGAUCCAGAAACGAAAAAAUGCGAAGAAGAAUGUGACUGCGAUCCAAACGAUCUCACUGGACUCAAGGGUGUGAAGGUAUUGCAUAUUCUUAUCUUACAAGCUUGAUAACUACAUUAUAAAUAUGUCAAACAUUGAUUGUUAUUUCAUUUAUAAAAUAUUCCCAAUCAAGUGUGCCUAUCGGCUUAAUUUUGGUAAAAUGGAAGCGUUUUAUUUCAAUUGGACUCUGAUUGAAAGCAAUCAUCGCACGAGAAUUAUACUGCUGGGGCUUGUUAAUUGACCAAUCAAUAUGCUAUUAUGACAUUUGAGAUUUUACAUAAGUAAUUAGAUUAAUAAAAUGACUUUUAUAUAUAAUCAUAUAUGAUGGUAUUUAGCAGCCACUUUGCCUAUAUAUGGUAUUGGCCAACAUUACAAAUGAAGAUUUCCAAAUAGAAAUGCUGAAUGCAAUAUCAUUUAAGAACAAUAAAAUAUUAUACGUUUUGGGUGCAAAUCUGCAUUAAGCUGUUGCAGUUGACAAGACUUCUGUUGUAGUGAAUUUCUUAAUUUUGCUACACUUUUUUGUUACAAAUAUUAGUAAAUCCUGCCAAAUCAUAUAUAUACGUCACCCUAGGAUAAAAGCUGUAAGUUGUCUGGGCGGUAUUACCAUGCGUUGAAUCGUUGUGUAUAUUAUUUUCCCUAUAGGGUAGGUAAAUUUAACAUUGCAUGUAUACCAAUACUAUAAAUGACGAAAAACUCGUACAUAAAUUAAACAUUGGAAUUAAGAAACUAACUCUGAUUGUGAUACAUUUCAUCAAAAUGCAUCGAAUUUCAGCCAGCCAAUCAAAGAACUUUAGCGCUAACUUAGUUGUGACCUCGGGCUGGCAGCCGUCAACCCGGGUAUAUUUUUUUUGCCAACCUUGGUCUUGGAGAAAUAAAAAUGAAUGAUAAUUAACAAUUAGACAACGAAGCCGAGUUGUCUAUUUAACAAUUAGACAACGAAGCCGAGUUGUCUAUGAGCGAAUAGUCAACGAGGCGAAGCCGAGUUGACUAUUCGUUCAGAGACAACGAGGCUGAGUUGUCUAAUUGUUUUAGUAUAAGCCACAUAAAGAAAACGAAAUUUCUCACUUGAUUUUUAUGUAAAAUAUAAAUAACGUUUUAACGAAAUGAGCGUUUAAAUGCCUUCCUUUGGCGACAUUUGACAUUUCGCCCCGGUUUUGUUGACAACUACUCAUGCAGUGUUGCGAACUCCCAAGAAUGACUUGAAAAAUACAACUUGUGCGUUUUAAAAAAGUUAAAAAAACAUGUCGUAAAACAGUAUAAUAUAGUAAGAGACUGUAAUAGAAGUAAAGUUUGGUUAAUAAAAACUUAUUAAAAAGAAGGAAACAAGGCUUAAAAUGUGCAAAAUGGCUUCCCGAAUUGUUACUAAAUUAGUAAAUAAAGUUUACGUUAAAAAGCCGAAUAAAAAUGCACACACAUGCAAAAGAAUCCGAUUAUCUGAAUGUCGUUGAAAUCUUUAAAAUAUCUGGAACAUAAAGAGGCAAACCAUUCCCAUAAUCUAGUAUACAUAGACAAUAGUUUAGAUUAAAAUUUUAUCGAAAAACUCUACUUAAAAAGGCUCGAAAAGGCGAAAAACAAACUCGGCCAAAAUCUCAACAUUUAAACGAAAAAAACUCUUCAAAAUGACAGCUAAAUACAUGAACUCGUACUUAAAACAAACACACAUUAAAGAGGGGUUGAGAAAAUAGGGUAAAUAGCUACAAAGUAUUGUUGAAUUUCAACAAUUCUGCUUGGAAUAUUAACAAAUAUUACUGUAAUUGUGCAUAUAUUUUAAAAAUCGGCUGUCACUUUAUUCAUGCUCAUAACAACGAGCAAAGUUGAAAAAACUUUAAAAUUUUACCGCAUGUGUCAGCAGCUUCCAAGAGUCUUUGUUUGUGUGCAAUCCAUAAUCAAAAUUAGGCCAUUUCGAUAAGCUUUUUCCCUUUAAAUGCAGCUUUUAAUACUUAAAAACGGCCUUUGACUCACGCGCCCUUCGCCGCUUGUUGCUACCAGUAGGCUAUCACUAAUAGCCUACUAGUAGCGUAGCCAAUCAGAACGCACGAUACGUGAUAGCCUACUAGUAGGUUUAUACUAAUAAUAUUUAUUCAGGAAACCAACAUCACAAGAAGUGUUUUUCAGAUGCAUGUUCCUGCAUAUAUAUAUAUAUAUGCAUAUAUAUAUAUAUAUAUAUAUAUAUAUAUAUAUAUAUAUAUAUAUAUAUAUAUAUAUAUAUAUAUAUAUAUAUAUAUAUAUAUAUAUAUAUAUAUAUAUAUAUAUAUAUAUAUAUAUAUAUGAUCUCUGCAUGUCACAGAUUUAAAUCAGCGCAAAGGCCUAUAGGCAAUUGUGCCCCCAAGCUCACUACCAGCAACUGCGGACAGCUGUUUCGCCCUUUUGGGGCUCGUCAGCGCAGUGUAGCUGAUAGUGAGCUUUUCAUCCGAAAAGUAUUUAUACAACCAACAAUGAGACGAUGGAUGUGGGACGCAUGAAUUAUAUAUACGACAAGAACCCCAUUCAACCAACACCGCGGAAAAACGUCUGCGCAUGCACCAAAUUAUGAAAAUAUGGCGGGGAAUUUGAAUAUCAAUUUCUAAAACAAAAACAUGCUUAUUAAUUGGUCAAAAAUUAGUAAAACAAACGAGAAAAUAUAGCAAAUGGGUAGACUAGACAUUAAUUGAAAGCGUCCUGGCAUUUAAAGUAUGGAAUGAAAUAUAAUUCAUGUAAAAAUUGUUGAUUUUAACGGACACGACUUCGAACAUGUUUGCAAAAUUAUUCAAAACAAAAAUUCAAACUCAAAAGUUAAGAAAACUCUCGAAAAGUUAAGCUUCUUAAUCCACUCAAAUUGUAGAAUAAAUCCUAAAGUUUAAUUAUUGUGAACACGAAAAUUUUUUAUAUUUGGCGACACAGUUUUUUUUAAAGAAAUGUAUCUCAAACGAAAAUUCGGAAAUUGUCGUUGCUUAGUUGAUAAACAAAAUGUUUCAGACGAUAAAUUUGUCAACAAUCACCUUUAGUUCAUGUUCUUGUACAAUACAAUUUCUUGAACCUUCUGGUUGUAUUUAUUCCUAGUUUUUAGAAUGACAUGUUUAUUUUUGCGCUCGAAAUCUGGCUGUAAAGACGCACAAUGAAGUCACUCAUUUUUACCGCCAUUUUGAGCCUUCGGAAACGUUCGGAACAGCUUCUCAUCAAGUUCGCAAUACUAUUACAGGUAAGGUUGACGCAUGCGCAGACGUUUUUCCGCGGUGUUCAUUCAACCUAAUACGCAUGAUCUCUGCAUGUCACAGAUUUAAAUCAGCGCAAAGGCCUAUAGGCAAUUGUGCCCCAAGCUCACUACCAGCAACUGCGGACAGCUGUUUCGCCCUUUUGGGGCUCGAUGAUGCGUAUUAGGUUGAAUGGGGUUCUUGUCGUAUAUAUAAUUCAUACGUCCCACAUCCAUCGUCUCAUUGUUGGUUGUAUAAAUACUUUUCGGAUGAAAAGCUCACUAUCAGCUACACUGCGCUGACGAGCCCCAAAAGGGCGAAACAGCUCUCCGCAGUUGCUGGUAGUGAGCUUGGGGCACAAUUGCCUAUAGGCCUUUGCGCUGAUUUAAAUCUGUGACAUGCAGAGAUCAUGCGUAUUAGGUUGAAUGGCGUUCUUGUCGUAUAUAUAAUUUAUGUGUCCCGCAUCCAUCAUCUCAUUGUUGGUUUUUAUAUAUAUAUAUAUAUAUAUAUAUAUAUAUAUAUAUAUAUAUAUAUAUAUAUAUAUAUAUAUAUAUAUAUAUAUAUAUAUAUAUAUAUAUAUAUAUAUAUAUAUAUAUAUAUAUAUAUAUAUAGUGUGCAUAUAUAUACAUAUAUGGAUAUAUAUGAUAUUCCAGAAAAAUUAUGAGACUAUAUCGGAUACAUGAUCCUAUAUACAUAUUUACAAGGUCAAGGAUUUCCAUGCAUGAGUAUUAUAAAGAUAGAGAUUUGAGAAGUUCAUUCUUAAAUGUUCCUAACUGUUCAAUGGAUCUGACUAGUAUUAUAGUCCAAAUCGUUGUACUCUUUACAAACCUGGUAAAGCAGUUUUUGCUUUCCCCAUGCAUGCAUGCAUGCAUGCAUUUGUCUUCGGCUUACAGAGGUAUAUGCCUUGUGUUAUAUAAAUUAUUAUAGUUUUAUAGGCAGUUCGAGAUUUACGUUCACGGGUCCCAAUCAUGCAAUAAGUGUUCAAUGUUUUGUAUUUGGUAAAUAGCUGUGAAUAUAUAAUAUGUUCAAAUAUCAGUUUAUUUCCUUAAUAUUUCUUAACUAUAAUUCCUUCGCAUUAUUCCAUACUUUACGUUUUGAUUUUAUUUUUAGCUAUUGAGCAUCACUCGUGCAUGUGCAUGAUGUGCCCGCCACGCCAUAAACAUUAAUACUUUUUCCUUUGUAGGCGGAAGAUGGUUCCUGCAAAUGUGAAAUGUGUCCAGACAAAUCUGUGAAACGAAAAAGAAGUAAUGGGAAACCGGAAUGUCCAUGUCUGUGCAAAGAUGGAACUGAAAGGCAAAUGAAUUCUGAUGGCUCCUGCCCGGUAAUUUUUGCCUUGAAAACUAUAGUAGCUACUAUGUCAUAGAAUAAAUUGAAACUAUAUAAUAAUAUUAUCCUCUAUAGCUAAAAACAAAUUGAUUGCUUAGUUUAAAGCAACCAACAAAUUGAUUUUCUCAGAUUAAUAUGUUCGGCGCAUUGACAUUGGUGAUACAAAAAUUGAAAAAAUUCUCUAUUCGAAUUUUCGUCAGUCUGAUGAUUAAUUCACAACAUAUUAAUUAAUCAUCUACGCACCUACCUUGUAUGCUAAUUAAAAGAGCCUGUCAAGUUUAUUUAUCUUUUAUACUUUGCCAUCAUACUUAUACAUUUAUUGGCUGGGAAACCACAACAGCUAGCUGUUGCCAAUUAUAUAGCGGCCCCAAUAGUUAUACGGAAACAAUUUACAAGGUAUACUAAACAAAUGCAGACAAUAAACAAUACUUGAACAACAGUCAUUACAUUUGUCUAAGGGCAGAUGUCAAUGGAGAGUUCGUUAAACUUCGAGCGGAAUUACAUUUUAUACACACACUUUUCCAUGUGCGGGGAUCAUCAACAUCGUAUGUAGGCUAUUUUCUAAUGCUAAAAUAUAGUAUACUUAAAAAGAAGAUUCUUGAAUUCUGAAAAUGUUCGGUCUUUGGAUGUAAUAUAUGAUUAGGUAGUGUGUUCCCAUAAAGUUGUAUUUGCAUGUGGUCCUCUCUCCUCCGCAGUUUUUGUGGCUAGCCCGUUUGCGGGCUAGCCAUUAUCACAUAGUACACAAACGCGAUGAGCGAUGAUGAUCAUGGUGUCCAGUCCGGAUUUUCGUAAAGUCUCGGAAGUAAUCGGAAGCGCCCGUAUUUUUCUGCCGACAUUUCACAUUUCGAGGCAUUUCAUGAUUUUGAUCCAGUUUGAGGACUUCUACUUCUACUCUAGCAUGAGCAGCAUAUCGCGUUAUACCUUGUGUUCCUUUGAGUAAACUGUAAAAGGUAUAUUUGCUCAUUUCUAUUUUUGUAUAAGUUUGCUUUUAUUGUAUUAUUUACAACGCCAUUUUGGCUUGGUCUGGUCAAAGAUAUAUUUUUGAUCCGAAUAUAGAUCUGGCAUUCUUAUAUUAUACGCGAAGUCGACGUAUAAAAUCAGAAAUACAGUAUACAAAGGAGCCAAAUCAAAAUUAAAAUUGAAAAAUACAAUAUUACACAUGAAAGGGCCCAUUGUGCUCGUACGGAUCAUACAGGGCUAUUUACAGUACGUGAAUUUAGGCCACGUACCAAACAAAAACAAGCCAAGAAUGCCAGGAGUAUUGUAGGUAAUAUAUGAACAACGAGAGCGAGUGUUUCACCGGGAUAUCCAAACACGAGAAAACAAUGUAUGAGAACACGAGCGCGAAGCGCGAGUGUUUUCAUGCAUUGUUUUCGAGUGUUUGGAUAUCCCGGUGAGACACGAGCUCGAGUUGUUUAUAUGGCUUCUCAAAUGAAUCGAGACGUAACAGAAUGUUUUCGUUUGCUGAUUUGAAUAGAAUUCUUAACCAAGCAUAACGUAAUUAGGAAUUCUAUUCAAGUAAUUUUGCAUGCGUAAUUAAGAUAUUUGAUGAAAACACUAGUGACUUUCAUCAAGUAUCCAAAUGGCAUCUUGUGAUCAAAUAGGUGAUUAUCAUUGGCUGAAUUACUCAUGAAUUAUUAAUGAAUUUGAGAAGUAUAUUGCAAACCAAUUGCCAUUUGUGCUGGGAUUAACUACCUUGACUAUUGCUAUAUUAGUAAAAAAAACUACCUUGACUUUUGGUAAUGUAGUCACAAGAACAACCUUGACUAUUGCAGCCUAUAGUACAGUAGUCCACGUAGAUGAAAUUAUUUUAGUAAUUUUGUUAGUAUUUGCAUUUCUUAGUAUAUAUCUCUUUGGGUGUAUAAAAAUUGUUGUGUUCAUCAUCUAAUGUGUUUUCACAUUCCUUUUGAAACUAUUUGCUAAAACACCCUCUAGGUAUAAAUAUAAGCAUCCAGCAAGUAUACCCGUAUUCUUGGGUUUCAUAUGACAUCAAAAAGUGACGGGCUGUCAACUCUAAAACAAAACACAGUUAUCAGAGUGAGUCGAUUGUUCGUUUUAUGUAUUAUCUUUGCGUUCAGUGGCAAAUACAUGGAAUUUCGUAUCAUUUUCUCACUCCACUACAGCAUAAGCAUCAGUACAUUUGAGGUUGACCCCCGUCAGAUUCACUGCAUAAUGCUGUAGUGAAACCCAAGAAUAGGCAACUGGUCCCUGCCGUUAAGCACCCUCAGGGUAUAAGCACCAUCUGGGUAUAAGCAUCCCCUGGGUAUAAGCAUCCACUAAGUAUAAUCUACAGAAUUUGCUAAAAGUAAGACAAAUGCAAAACUCAGAAAUGUGUGAAAUGACUUUACUUUCUCUUUAUAUUUUCCAUACUAAUUUUGCAGUCAAUAAUGCUACAUUUGCCCUGUAACAUGAACAGUCCCUACAAUAUUGGUUAACCCAUUGAGCCGCAAUGUGUGCCCCAGUGCGCUCUACUUUUUUGACCUGUCCAAUGCCAGACGAUUUUAUUCGUCAAUGCAUGGGGAAGCUUUGCAACUUAAUGAGUAGGGAAAAGUUAUCUUUCAAAAAUGUGUUCAAAUAAUGCUGGAAAUGUCAUUUCGGAAACCCAAAUUUUAAGACAUUGUGGGAAGGGUGUACAUAUGAUGCUGGAACACCAAGCUCCCCUCUCCUAGGAGAGCCAAGUCUCAUGCACGAUAUGCGGUCAACCUCGACAGUUAUGACAAUGUUAUGUGCUGAAGCUAAGGGCUGGACACAGUAAUUGAAAUAUUAUACAAUUGCAAGAGCACAUGCAGUUGCAGAGAGUUUUGUAGGUCAGCCAUACAUACAUUAGGUCACCUACCAACAAUUUUUCAAUGUCGGAGGCAGCAAGACAUUGAUAAUUUUUUGUAGAUUCUUAGCCAAUCACAACGGAGAUUGCAUAUGCAUUGUACAAUAAUAUCUCCAAUUAUUACACUGGCCGCAGCCAGUGUUAUAAUUUGCCCUCGCUGGAAUGCGAGGAAUUUUUUCGGUUUUUUUUUUUUUUUUUUGGUUGUCGCAAGUGUGACUUUCCAUUGCGGCAUCGUGGGCUCAGGAUUGCGCAAUUUAGCCCCUGAGCUAUAAUAAUAUUACUGUAAUAUUAUAGCUCAGUGAAUUUAGCUAUCACAUUUAAUACACAUGCAGACAUGCUCACUAUGAUUUAUAAACCAAUUCCUAUAUUUUGAGAAGAAAGCGACACCGUACGAUUCAGCGUAUAAAGAAAUUGUACUUACGGAUGUCAAGUGUAUUACUGAACACCAGUAUUCUAGCGAUUUAUGGCCUUUGAAAAUCAAGCGAAAUUGUAUUGACAAAUCGCUGGCAGUAUGUAUUAAUGUAUUAUUUAUAACAAAUCACUCGCACUACGUUUGUCUUUGUAUUUGUAAUGUCUAAUGGCGCAAUAAGGAUAAAAAUACCACCGUUCGAUUAAGCAUAAGAAAUUGUACUUACGGAUGUCAAAUGUAUUACUAUUUAAUGUAUUUAUACACUAUUGAAAUUUAAUACAACGAAAUAUAGCAUUCUACGUCGAUAAUUUCAGAACGCUCUUUUUAAAUAUGCGGACGAUUCAAAUAUAAUAGUGCCAGUUUGGAGUGAGGGUCCUGAUACAUCAACAGAUACAGUUGGACAAUUCCUGAGCUGGUUUGAUGAUAAUUUUAUGACUUGUAACCCUGGUAAAUGUAAAGAGCUUAUCAUCCGGAAGAAGGGAUAUAAUGAUCAACUUGACAAUGUUUAUAAUAUACCCCAAUGUAAAGAACUUCCCAUUUUAGGUACUACUUUUCAAGACAAUCUCAAGUUCACCAGUCAUGUGCGAGGUAAAUUGGUCAAAGCAAACAAAUGCUUGUACGUUAUACGAACACUCAGGGCAGAAGGCUAUAGCCAAUGUGAGAUAGAUUAUCUAUUUAAGACCCUAGUAAUAUCUACUAUAACGUUUGGCCUGUCCGUCUACGGUUCUUCUCCAGCCGAACUCAAUACUCUACAACGGUUUUUUGACAGAUGUUUUAAGCGAAAGUAUAUAUCAGAACCUGUAAAUAUUAGAUAUCUUUUAGAAAUACAAGACAGAAAUAUUUUUAAAGCUUCUGUAAAUCAGAAGAGUGCCAUAGUCGACUUGAUACCAAGAAAAAAAUCCACAAGCUACUCUUUGAGGACAGAGUUUAGUCAGUAUCCAAGAGUGAACACGGAACGUUUUAAAUUGUCGUUUGCAAAUAGAUUAAUUUUUAACUAUAACCUAUUCAUAUGAUGUAAACUUUACUAAUGUAUUCUUAAUAUGUACUUGUAACAUAAGAUAUGUAUUUUUAUCUUUUGAUCUAUUAAAAAGACUUUUGAAUUGAAUUGAAUUGAAUCAUAGUUUAAUAAUUAUUUUCGAUCUAUAGUAAUUCACCGUUUCCAGUUUUUUUUAUACCUUUACUAAAGCUACAAUAAAGCUAAAUUUGUAGGAAAUAGCAUUUUUUAGUUAUAAAAUAGUAUAAAAGAAAAUCUAACAGUCAAUCGCUUUCGAUACAAACUUGACCUGCCUUGACCUUGUUUAUAUUACCGUCGUUGGCAACUAAUGAUGAACAGACGCUCAUAAAAACAUUGCUUAUUCGCGUGAGAAUCUUAAGUUUUCUAAUUUUGACAUAAUAGCUAUUUUUCAAACAAUAUAUUGAUCUUAAACUUAUUGAAUCAAUAUUUUAAGUUUCAGAUCAGUUGUACCAAAAGUUAUAAGCGGUCGCGCAUCAUUACCAGGGCACAGGGUCGGUCAUACAGAAGCCCAAUUUAUUGGUUUUUCUUAUGGUUUUCCAAUGAUUUUGGCGUGACCGUUAUUCAUCAUCAAAAUGCUGACGUCAUGGUCCUGGCUGGUGCGCUUUUGGGAGGCAUUUACCCCCCUUAUAAUAUUCAAAAUGAUAGACGUCCAGCGGGAGGGGGGGGGGGGCGUGCCUCUUUGGUGCGCACUGGUUGGGAUGUGGCAGCGUUUACUCUAAUUACAGUCUUUCAAAACAUGGUUUGGAAACACCGCUAAAGUCUUUGUUCUAUCUUUUUGUUUUGCGUUUAUGCAGUUUUGUGCACGGUGCACAGUCAAUUAUGAACACAUUGUAUUUAAGUAUAAUGAACGAAUCAUCCAACAGCGACGUUUCAAUUCAGUCAUUCAACCAUGUUAGUUAAAUAUUAAUAAACCUAAAACAAAGGAUGUACAUGGUUUAAGGUACGGCUCAACGUAAAAUCCCAGCUCAUUAUAACCGCUUUGAAGUUUACUGAGUUUCCAGACCAUGUUUUGGACUAUGCUCUAAUCGACCUUCUGUGUAUCUUUGUUCAGUGCCAGGGGGUAACUGCUUCUGUUUACUGUACUUGCCGAAUGACAAAUCAUGACAAAUAGCACGUACACAGAAAACAAUGGAGAUGGCCAUGAUUUCUGUAUAGUAUUCUGAGUCGUGAGGUUUCAUGGUUUUGAUGGCAUGCAACAUGUAAGCACUACGUACCUAUUUUUUAGAAUAUUGCGAUGGUAUUUUACUGUUUUACCAGCCGCUAAGGCCAGUGUGAACGCCUGAGCAGGCGUCUUGUUACUAUUAAAGUUAGCUUGCGUGUCUUCUAAUUACUAUUAAAGUUAACCAGCAUGGCAGGCUCUCUGUGUUUGGAGGAGGGUUUGACGAGUUAAAGUUUACCAGGCUAGCCACAUGUACGCAUUGCCAUCUUAUGAGUUCAUUGGCGAAGUAAUUUUAAAAAUAAACAUUGUCUAAGCCGAGAAAAUCAAAGCUGAAGUUUAUGUAAAUCAGGACAAAUCUUCCGAUUUACAAACAUUGAUUAAACAUUCAUUUCUUUUGUAUUUUUCUCAUGAAUUGUUAAGUUCAAAAUAUUCAUGGCUGCUGGGUCAUGUGCACAUAUACUAUUGUUUCUGAAAUAAAUUUUGAUUUUUGUUUUUAGUGCUCGUGCAACUGUGAAGACGGCAGCAAAGACACCAUUGCGUCGGAUGGUUCUUGUCCCUGUGAAUGCUCGUGUAAUGGAUAUGAGACAUCAAUUCGUGGACCUUUCGGUUGCAAGUGUGAAGACAAGUGA